CAACAGUACAGGGACUUCCGAAGUUCCAGGUUCGUUAAUCCUUCGAAUUUUGACAAAAGGGCUGUGCAGAGUUUAUAAUCAUCGAAUCACUUUCCCCUCCCAACUCUUUUGUUCUUUUAGUGUGGCCUCUGAUUCCUUUUUUCCACGGGAACUCUCUUCUUCACAUGCUCUUUUCCCCUUCCUCGCCGGUGUCUGGCGAAUUUUAAUGCUUUAAACUUUGAGACCUGCCGACUCCAUACCCUUCUCUUUUUUUGAAGCCGAAGCAGACAGGCUUCUACUGGUAUCAUCAGCCUUCCUGCCUAUAAUGGACAAAACCCAACAAAUAAUUGCACUGACCCAGCUGAGGAAAUCAGUUGAAAAGCUUGGUUCUUCCACCGAGUAUGGGGACCCAACACUGUUGAGGUUCUUAAUUGCAAGAUCAAUGGACCCAGAAAAGGCAGCAAAGAUGUUUGCACAGUGGCUGAAAUGGAGGGCUGCAUUUGUUCCAAACGGGUCUAUUCCAGAUUCUGAAGUUCAGGAUGAAUUGAGACCAAGAAAAGUCUUUUUGCAGGGUCUGUCAAGGGAUGGAUAUCCAGUGUUGCUCGUGAAAGCAAACAAGCACUUUCCCUCGAAGGAUCAACUCCAAUUUAAGAAGUUUGUUGUUCAUCUGCUAGACAAGGCCAUUGCAAGCUUAUUCAAAGGAAGAGAAAUGGGAAAUGAAAAGUUGAUUGCCAUCCUUGAUCUGCAGCAUAUUGCAUAUAAGAACAUUGAUGCGCGUGGAUUGAUCACCGGAUUUCAACUUUUGCAGGCUUACUAUCCAGAGCGUUUGGCGAAGUGCUUCAUUUUAAGUAUGCCAUGGUUCUUUGUUAGUGUUUGGAGGAUGGUUUCUCGCUUCCUCGAGAAGGCCACAUUGGAAAAGGUUGUGAUAGUAGCCAGUGAAGAAGAAAGAGAUUUUUUUGUAAAGGAAAUUGGUGAAGUCUUGCCAGAAGAGUAUGGUGGUCGAGCAAUGCUUGUAGCUCCUCAAGAAGUCACAGUGCCACCGGUGGAGGGUUGAUCCUCAUCAUGUAUUGAAGUAGCUGCUACUGCAGAGGCAGCUUAUACGGCUGCUGUAUCUGGAUGGAUAUUCACUAUUGGAUGGUUAGCUAAUUUCAAUUUAAAGCAUGCUGGUCACUGUUGAGCAGUCACAUGCUGCGAUCCCUGCAAGUUACAAUUAAAUUGAUUUAAACAUAAGAUAAAACUUAAACAACCAUCAAUAAUGGUUGUGACUUCACUAGUAUAUAUUGCUUUCAGCAUUGCACUAA